CUAUGUUGGUGCUUAUGCGAAUCGCACUGCACUAGCAUCAACCCACAGCCAUUUUUAAAACCGAGAAAGCCUAGGAACAAAUAAAGCGAAAGUAAAUAGAACAAAUUAGAGGUUCGUUCGAUAGGAGUGAAUAAUUUUGUCAAUGUUUCGUUUACCAUGGAAAAGUAACGACUAAGAUCCCGCGAAGGCUUCCAUGGCGAAAGCAUUUACUUACAGCCGCUUGCCAGAGCAUCAGGUCGCAAUUUAUUACGACGGAGGAGACAGAACAGGUGAAAUCAUCUCUGCUGUGGCUGUCGUUCUUGAACCAAAUCGAUCUUUCUGAUUCACUGUUUUUUUCUUUAAUAAAUUCUGCUUUAUUUUUCAGGCGAUAGAUCCAGACCAUCAGAGUGGAGUAUCUUGGAGUGUUUCAUCUCGUUAUCUUCCGCUCUUCUACUUCUUUUAACCUUUCCGAUUUCUGUAUUUUUUUGUCUGAAGGUAAGCUCAAAUUCAGAUAUUUUUAUUCUCUAUCUGGUGGUUAAUGGAUCGAUUGUUCCUAAAUGUACCUCAAUUCAGUUGUUCGGCUAGCCAGAUUUAAACUUCUUCCAUAAUUCGCUUCUGAUUUGAUCUCGUAGUUUGGAUUUAGCGAGUAGUCAGUCAUAUAAUUGUGCAUGUUUGAUGUAAGUGUGCAGUAAGAAUUGCAAACGUUAUUUGUCACUGGAAAACAUACAGCGCAUUAUUCUAAGAAAAAGUCAAUGCUUAUAUUCCGUGUGAGAAAGGAAGUGAAAAAAAAUGCGAGGAGACUGCCCUUCAAAGGUCAUGCCGCAAUAUGGCAACCCAACACUGCAACCUUUCAGUUGUUAGAAUAGAUUUAAAUGCGCUUAUCCUUCAGCGAAGGGAAGCCAUGUGGAUAGGUAUGCAUUUAAAUUUUUAUAUGUCAUGAAUAACAAAUGCUCAUAUUUGUGGUACAACGCUCUGCACAGUAGGUAAUUGAGCAUGCUCAGAACUGUGUUUAUAUAUAAACAGUUUUGUCAUUGAUGGCAUUAUUCAUUGUGUAACUGUUUGUUGCUAAAGAGGAAGUAAAAGUUGCUAAAAUUAUAAUUAUAUAUCCAAAAUCUAUUGUAUAAUUUACAGGAGGGUGUUUAUGAUUUCUGUCAUUAAAGAUAAAACUUAGAAUUUUUAUUUAGUUUCCAGUCCCUGUUACCAUUGAUGUAGAAUUAUGUAACCAUCUGUAUUAACCAAAUAGAAAUGCUGUUGCAGGGAUCUUUCUAAAAGUUCAGUAGAGCUUGCUAAAUGUCCUGCCUUAUCUGGUACUAUCUAAGAAUAUCUGUACUUUGUUACAAAAGGCAAAUAAACCUAACACUGGUUAUGUCAAAUACCCCUGAAAAAGGCAAUGACUUUUAUUAAAGCACAUUUUAUGUGCUUUAAAUUAAAAUUAAGGACUUUUCUUGUAGGUAAUCAGGGACUAUGAAAGAGCAGUUGUCUUCAGACUUGGGAAGCUGUUGCCCCUGAAAGGACCAGGUUAGUGUGUUUUUUUUUCAUUAUUAAGUUCUUUUUCUUGUUGAAUGUGUGGAGGUGCAGUGGCCUCAUGGUUAGUGCGCUUGACUCUGGAUCGAGUGGUCUGAGUUCAAGCCCUGGCUGCAGUCAUUGUGUUGUGUUCUUAAUUAGACAAGACACUUUACCUUCACAGUGUUUCUCUUCACCCUGGUGUACAAAUGGGUAUCAGCAAAUAUGCUGGAGGUAACCCUGCAAUGGACGAGCAUCCCAUCCAGGGGGGAGUAGCAAUAUUCCUAGCCGCUUCAUGCUAAAGGAAACCGGAGUUAAGCGCCAACCCCAUGGGCCACUCGGGCCUGUAUAAAGACUUUACUUUUUUUUUUAACUUGUUGAAUGUUGUUAUUUAUUUAAAGUUAUUUAAGAUAUACUUAGCAUAAAUUCUUGGGUGAUUAUGGAAAUUGUUGCACUCUGAAUGGUGGAGGAUUGCAUCAUAUCUUGCCUUAACCCUUUAACUCUCAGAUCAAAUUUGUUAUUCUCCUUACUGUCAACCAUACAAUUCUCAUAAUGUCAGUUUAGAGAAUUUAGUAUUGGAUCAAUUAAUUAUUCUCAAAUUGAUAUUUUUCUUUAUUCUCAUCACUUGUCUGGUUGAUAUUGUAAUAAUAUUGUAGGGAGAAAUUCUGUCUUGGUCACUCAUGGGAGUUAAAGCAUUAAUCACCUUAUACAAAAAGGUUAUAGGAGGAGCGCUUAACUUCUAAAUGACUGCAUUGUGUUUUGUCAAUGUUAUUAAGAAAAUGAUCAGCAUGUUAGAAGAAAACUCAAUUCCAAAGAACUCAAAAGAUGCUACUUAGUUUGGUGGAAAAUUUUUCAAAAGUAUUGAUAUUAAGUUUUUGAUGGUUUAAUUAAAUAAACUUGUUAAAUUCUAGUAGAAACUGGUUGCCUAUUUGGAUACAAUUGAUCAUGAUAAUAGGCCAUUUUAUAGUUGUGUACUUAGUUGCCAAGCCUUUGAUUUGGAGUGAGGCUGAAGGUGACCUUGUUGUGAUAGAGACCAGUAUCUAGUUAGCAUGAUAACAAAGUGAUUUGCAUUUGAAAAGCAGUAAGGUUUGUAUCAUAACAAGAUCACCCUUAGCCUCAUUCCUUUUCACAGGCUUGGCAACCAAACACAACUGUAAAAUGGACUAUUGCAACAAAAUAUGCACCCUGUUUUCUCUAUUUACAGAAUGGUUUCAACAACAAGAAUUUGAACUUUUGAAGAUGAGUUUGUUCAAAUGCCUUCCCCCUUGGGGCAAAACUUAUCUUCAAAUGCAUCAUCCAAGUUUUUUGUUGAAGGAAAAAUUAGAUAUUUAGCUCAUGGGGUAAAUGCUUUAAUGUAGUAAUUAUGGUGUCUCAUUUUCUACAGGAGUAGUGUUCAUUAAUCCUUGUAUUGAUGUGUGGACAAGGGUGGACACAAGAGCUCGGGCAUUCAGUGUUCCACCCCAACAGGUAUUUCCUUUAUUAAUUAAUUAAUUUAUUUAUUUAUUUGCGAGAUCUAGACAGGCUGGCCCAGUUCAGCUUUAAAGCUGGUGUAACUCUCUAACUCCCGCAAGUAACUAACAUGAAACUUCUCCCCAUAAUAUCCAUACAUUCUCCUGCAAACAGGUAAUGAGAGUACUCAAACUUACAAGGUUUAAGUUAUUAUUCCAAUCUAACACCAAAUUCUCAUAACUAAUUUAUAAGAAAAUGUGUAGCAACUAGAGAAGAGAAUCAACAAUCAGAUCUUGGGAGUUAAAUGGGUGCCUGUAAAAACUAUAAUAAGGCCAGACCUCAACAAAGAGAGCUUAGUUUCCCUUCUCUUUGCAAGAAGUUUGUAAGUUUCUUGCAAACAAGUACAGCGGAGGUGCAGGAGACAGGGCUAAUGGUAAAUAUCAACCUCAUCCAAGAAGUCUAGAAUGCCUAACCAUUUGCAAAUUUCAUAGCCAAGGUACAACACUCUCCUCCAUUAUUUUCAUCCUUCAACCCCCCAAGAGUGACCAGCAUCUAAUUUCUCCUUGUCAGCUCCUUAAGAAAUGUAUAGAGAACAGUGUGGAGAAUAUACCUACUGAUAUUAGGGAGUAAAGGGUUUAAGACCCUGAGUGAUGGUCCAGUCUGGAGCUUGAACACUUGAUCUCCAUUAAGGCGCUUGGUGCUUUACAACACAUGCAAACCAAAUGCAGUAUUGUGAAACUUACUCCUGCAUCAAGCAUCAAUAUUCAGGGUUGUCUAAAAGAUUUGUGUUCCAAAUUAGGCAGCACAGUGUCAUGCUUUUAUGCUAAAAAUUGAGCCAUUGGCAUUUGCUAGAUUGUUUUGACGAAACUGAUGUAUUUUUUUUCCCUCAAGAUUCACACCAGUGAUGGUGGCUAUGCAUCGGUUGGAGCUGAUGUACAGUUCAGCAUCAAGGACGUAGUUUUAUCCAGAACAUCUGUUCAAGAUUUAAACCACUCUUUGCGUAUGCUGGCUCAAACAGCACUUGUGAACUGUUUGGGUUCAAGGAAGCUUAUUGAAGUUCAGCAAGAUAGAAAGUUCAUCAACAAACAAGUCCAGGUAACACCAUCAUGAAGUAUUUAAUUAUCUGUGUAGUAUAAACUAUUUUGUCAUGGUUACAUUCGUGUUUUAGAAUGCCUGGUCUGCAGUUUUAGAUUGUUGGUAUACCUGUGUGGUAUACCUGUGUGGUAUACCUGUGUGGUAUACCUGUGUGGUAUACCUGUGACAGGUGACCUGGCCCUCCCCAAAGCCCAUAUAUUUGGUUGCAUAAAAUCCAGAGGGAGAGUUCAGGAGCUCUAACUCUCCCUCCCCUCCAGAGACCAGCCAUCCUUCCCUCCCUCCCUCCCCUCCUUGCUCAUACCUGAGGGAAUUUUACCUACUUUUUCUACACCAAAAUCUUUACAAGGACUGAGGAUCAUGUUUUAACACUCAGCUGUCUAGCGAGAUUCUGUGUGUUUGUUUGAAUGUGUAACUGUAAGUAAUACAGGAGGGAGGGGGGGGGUGAGUAGGUUAGUGGAGAGUUCAUUUGGGACCCCCUGUUACAUAUUUGAAUAUUCCUGGGCCCAUCUCUUCCUUUGCAUGUCCAGCCAUGUAAUGAUCCAUGGAUAAUUAAAAAUUAUUCCAUGGGCUCACAUUGACUAUAAUCAUCUCAUGAUCAUGCAACAACAGUGGAAUGCCCCAAAAUAUAGAUAAAUCAAAAUGGUUUAGCUUUGUUUAAAUUUUGAGCUGAUGCACACACUGACCAUAUUUGUUGGGAAUGAUAUAAAUUGGUUCAUAAUGCAUGAUGGCUAAGCCAAUGAAACUCCAAUGAUCUGGUUUUUACUGAUGACAAUAAUGAUAAUUCCUGUUCUUUUAUUUCAUGGUUGAACUGAACAGGAAAUGGUCAAUGCAUCUGCUGCAUCUUGGGGUGUAAAUAUAACAAGAUUUGAAAUGUAAGUAAAUUUUGAAUACCUCAAAUCCCCAUUCUUAACUUAUCUGUGUUAUAUCAGCAGUAUGUUAUCUUUUUAUCAUCAGCUUUAAGUUGAUUUUUGUGUAUUAAAUCAGAACUUUUUUAUUUAUGAAUUGCUAAGUCUUCCUUGCAAGGGACACAUCAGCAAAUUCCAUUUCUUUCCAGUAAACUACAAACCAAAUCUGCUUGCAGGAUGAUUAAUAAUGGUGGUUGAACUGAGUGGAGUGCAAUUUGGUCUGAAAUCAUAGGCAUGAUUUAAAAUAUGACAAGUAUGAUUUCAGACCAAAACUGCACAACUUGAAGUUCAAUUACUACUCUACGACAUCUUUUUUGAAAUUGAAAAUUCAAUCACUAAUAACAAGAUACUAUACUUUAGUUUAUGCAAACAUGUUAUUGAUUCAGUAUUGAGUUGGUUUGCAAAAGUUGUAAAAGUUGUCUUUCAUUUUCCUGCAGUUUGGUUGGUUUCUCUAAAUAAGGCUUAAAAUCUGAUUGGUUGUCGUGUUUUAGUUAAUAUCUCAUGGUCUGGGAAAAAGCCAGAUGUAUAGCAUUAAAUGGUGCAAUUUGUGUAUAAAUUGCACCAAUGAGAGCCAAUCAGAUUGCAAGGAUGACAAGUGUUUCCAAAACAGACGCAAUAAGUGCAAUUAAAUGAUUUAGAGUGAUAUUAACAAAAUAUUAAUAAUCGUUGAUAAUCAAUGUGGUAAGCUGCUGGAAGUUCCAGAUCUGUAGUCGACUUUUUGAUUUUCCCUUUAAGGUCAGAGGUCAGUGUGUUAAAGGAAGCAGAUGAGGUUGUUGGUGCACUGUCAGCUUUAUUUGGUGGAGGAUCCCAGAGUACGAAGCUUAGUAAUAUGACUUUUGGUGAUCCUGGGAUGGCCAGUAUGUUUUCAGGUGUGUUUUGCUAAACUGGCUCACUAUCCUUUGUAUGAAUGAUUUAUGACUACAGUAUUUCAGUAGCUUUUUACUUGAGAUUCCUUUCUUGUCCCAGACUCAUGUCAAGAUUGAAAAUAGAAAUAAGAAAACUCUUUUCUCUAUUUCACUACCAAGCACAAAAUUUGUGGUCACUCUUUCCUAAUAUGUUUAUUCAUACAAUGCUUUAGAUGUUUGCUGAUCCUAGCAGCGUGUAGAAUACAUGUUGCAUAUAAACUUAGUCAUGACCAAGCUAACCAUAAAGUUCUCUGUAAGUCAGAGGAAGAUCAAUGGAGCUCUGAGUCUGUAGUUCAGGGCUUGUAGUGUAAUAUGGCCUUUGGUCUGCUCUCCUAUGUUUGUGUUAGCAGACAAGAGUUUCAGUAAAAACUGGUUAUCAGCAGUCUGCAACUGCCUGUAAGACCUAUCACCUCCUUCUGCAAACUGGCGCUCAUGUCUGGCUUUUGCUUACAGCCCCUUUAUUUGUACACAGCUGCAGAUCACAUCAUCAGUAGCUGCAUAUGGCAAAAAUUGUAAUGAAACCCGUGUCAGACAAGCCCAAAUGAAUGGGUUGAGUUUGGUUGGUGAAAAUGAGAUUCUUCUGUACUCAAACAUGAAGUGAAACUAAAUUUAUCAUCAUUCUUAGAUAAGCGGCGUUUUUAUGUUGUAGAAAUGUCUACAUGGACAUUUUUCCUUUCCAUUUGCAGCCUUUGGAGGUAGCAGUACCCGAAGUGGACCCACUCUCCCUACCCCCAUGGCUUUAUCAGCUGACCCAUCACAGUCUUCUAACGGAGAGCCUGGGUCCAAUCUGCUUACUCCUGAGCAGCUUGUCAAGCUGGUCAGUGGUGUUCUAAGUGAGAAACUUGUACAGGAAAUUGGUGGCAUGUUUCAAUUCAACAUUGUUGGUGAAAAUGGAGGAACAUGGUAUUUAGAUCUAAGGAGUGGACAUGGAAAAAUAUAUACCGAGAAUCCGGGCGAUAACCCCAAUGUGGUGCUCACCAUGAGGGUGCAGGAUAUGCAGCAGAUAUUUUAUGGAAAGACAACAGCUUUUGAUGCUUACAUGCAAGGCUCUUUGAAAGUUGAUGGUGAUUUAAGGAUGGCCAUGAGUUUGGAGGCUAUUGUUAAAAUGCUCAAGGAAAAACCAGUUGUUCCUGAAAAACCAGUUUUGCAAGGAAAUGGAGUAUAUGUGGUUUAAACGCUUAACUUUUUUUAUUUACUGAAAGUUCCCCUUUUCGUUUUAAAGCCUUCCAUUCAUAUUUUUUUUUCAUUGCUUGGGAAGAGUUCAUGUUGCCUGACUUUGACUUGUAUAUUUGACUUUACUCAAUAGUUGCUAUUGGAAACCACUGACCAAUCAUAAUUUAUCUAAUAGUUCUUUUCCAGUCCCUCUGAACUUUGAGGAUAGGCAAACUCACCUGUGUCUUAAUUGAAUAAAAUGUUUGUCUUUAUCGA